UGCACACCUCUGUGUUGCAGAUGAAAGCUGUGUUGAUUCUCAGUGUUGCUGUUGUGGCGACGGCCGAGUAUUUGGGCCCCUACGCCGGCGGACGUGGUGGAGCUGGAUUUGGCGGAGGUUUCGCUCAUGGUGGCGGCUUUGGUGGAGGCGGCGGCGUCCAUGGUGGCGGCUAUAGUGGAGGUGGUGGUGCCCAUCUCGGAGGCUAUAGUGGUGGUGGUGGUGGUGGUGGGGGCUACAAACUGGUUGAUCUGAGCGCUGGUGGAAGCGACUACCACUUCUCGUGGCGUCACGAUGGAGGCAAGAAGUACGACUGGCACAGUGCCAACUAUUACUGCUCCAGUCUUGGCAAGGGAUGGCAGGGUGUCAGCAUCGAGAGUCAUGAAGAGGACAAAAUCAUCUCAAACGUCAUCUACCAAGACAAGCUGGAGUACAUCUGGACGGGAGGUUACCGUAGCGGCUACGACUUCGCCUGGCCCUCUGGCUACCCAUUCUACGGCCUCAACUGGUCUCACACCGGAGGUGAGGGACGUCCCCAGCCUGACAACCGUGAGAACGGGAAGGAGUUCUGUCUGGCAGUGCUCAACAACUUCUAUAAAGACGGCAUCAGAUGGCACGACGUCGCCUGCCACCACGAGAAGGCCAUCGUCUGUGAGCGCCGCCGCGGGGGCCACUAUGGCUGAACAGCACCGCACUUCCUGCCAUCUGUGAGCUCCGCGCUGGAGAGCUAUUUAUGAGCUACAAUAAUCACUACCUAUCAUUGACCUAUUAUGUUCAGUUCUUCAGAGCUAAAAAAAAUAAUUCCUACAUGGUUAAUUAUACACAAUAAACUUCCUACAAGAUUCUAAUGAAUGAAAAGUG